CGUGGACACGGCUCAGGCCGAUCAGGGUUGCAUUGCAGCAUCACGAGAAUGGUCUGAUUGGGUUCCACGCUCAGAAGGGUAUUUCCCCAGCUUUCCGCGGACGCCUGCUGCCUUUCUAUUAUUGAACUCCUGCGGGGCAGCUGCGCAACACGUCGUAGACAUUCAUUUUGAUCCCGCAGGCUGGGGAAACGGGAUCUGAACUCGGCUGCCUGACAAGUCGACAGCGCAUCUUGGGGCUACAUUUUGCCAGCGGAACGGGCAGGAUCUUGGGAAGGCCAAGACUGUCUGCACUCUCGGCGUUUGUGCUCAUCCCAAUGGCCGGAGAGCCGAGUGAGAUAUAAAAUGGACGGUGGCCCACUGGUUGAGCCUUUUCCCCGUAUUACGAGCACCCAAGUCCAAGGAUACAGCUCUCCCUUCCUUGAGUGAGGUACAUAGCGCGUUCGCCCCCCCUGCCACCACUGCUACGACACAACAAACACGGCCCAACCAUGAAGCCCCUCUUCCUCAUAACCCUCUUCAUCACCCUGGGCGCCGCCCUGGAAACGGCCGCGCCGCUGCUAGAGGCGCGGCAGGCGCGGCAGCGGCGCCCGGCGACGCGGCCCGAAACGUCGCGGGGCGAAGCGCGGCUGUCGCCGAUCCAGCGGCCCCUUAACGCGCCCGUCGGCUACAGGGUCGACACGGCGGCGCCGUCGAGGCGGCGUCUCCGCUCGGGGCUCACGCCGCUGCCGCCCCGGUUCAUCGACAACCGGCGCCGCAAGCGCGACGAAUUCCGCGCCCGCCGCGACGCCCUGGCCCGGCUGCGAGGGCGGCAGCAGGCACUCGACUUUUACGAGUGCGAGAACGUGAACCCGGCCCCUCGCUCGCAGGACUGCAACGUCAUCAUCGACCAGAUGUACGCGGCCAACCAGGACAUCCUGAUCCCGACCAACGCGUGCGUCAUCUUCGAGUUCAGCACGUGCCGCGGCUUCUUCUGCUCGCUCUGCACCAACCUGCGCGUCAACACAAACUUCAUCGGCAACCAGCUCCUCACGGCCGACACGCUGUGCGUCGCCAACGGCCAGGCCGGCACCGCCGUCGGCACCGAGCCGCCGCAGUGGGACGCCGGGUUCGUGAGGGCCGGGGCGGGCCUGCCUUCGUAUGACGUCUGCUGAGGUCUGUUUUGAAUGGCAGGGGAGUUGGCGGCGUGUGUUUUGGCGAUGAAUGUGUGUGUGCGUGUGUGUGUGGUGCGCUCUGACGGCUGUACUGUCAUCCAAGUGUAGGUUCAGACGGCGGAAUAUUGCGGGGAGUGGGAUCCCCUUACGGCACGGCUAGAGGUAUUCAACAUGUUCUUUGAGCCUGCCACGGUGGAGGUAGCGCAAACUGAAUCCAAACCCCGUUUUAGAAGCCUAUAUAAAGAAGCCAGCUCCAAUCACAAAAGCCAGUUUUGUUGUCUGGCGACCGGGAGAAAGAGCGCUGCAAAAAAUGAG